AUGGGUUGCUGCAUCCGCGUGUCCGGGCAGGCCGUCGCCAACACGCUGCGCUUCGGAGCAACGGCGGCCUACCUCGCCUUCUGCCGCCGCACGCUCCACCGGCCGGCCGCAGUGCCGGGACGGCGCCCGAAAGAUCUGCUCUCCACGAGCGUCGGCAUGGACCUGCUAGCCCGGGAGCCGCCGGCGCGCGGCAGGGCGCGGGUAGCCCCCGCCGACGACGUCGUCGCAUACUGCGAACAGCCGGAAGCCGCAGGUGGUGGGGCGGCCGCCGGCGUGCCUGCACGCCUCCACAAGCACUGCAUCGACUCCUGGCUGCAGGACCACUCGACCUGCCCGGUCUGCCGGCACAACGUCCACGCGCCGCUGCUGGCGCAGAUGGUGUGA